AGGAAAAGAGGAGGAGGAGGAGGCGGCGCGAUUGGCUGCCGUUUGACCCAGCGCUGGGACUUGGGCGCACAAAACUCCCUCCUGGCGCUCAGCCUCUUCACUCCAGGCAGAAGGAGGAGGCGAGGAACCGGCCCGGGGAACGUGCGUGGCUCUUGCUGCUGGGGGAGACCCCGACUCGCCUUGACCCACCCAGCGCCGCCCCACGCUUUGCCUCCCCUUGCCUUUGCGCUGCCAACCCAGCAAGGCUUCCUCCUUGCGCGCAUCGUUCUCCGUCCCCUUUCCUGCUCCGAGGAAUCCCAUUUCCGACCAACUACUUCUGUCCCUGCAGCGCGCAUCUCUCUCUUUCCCUUUCCUCCAUUCAGAAGACUGAAAAAACCCCUUUGUAGCCUUGUUUCCCGACCUGUUUUUCCUUAAGCGCCCACCUGCCGGCUUUGGAGAGGUUUUGGAGAGGUCGGGCUCCUCUUUCCGUCUCUUGUCGCUGCCCGUGCUGAGCUCCAGUCGUCCACGCGCGGAAGAAGAGGCAAACGAGGAGAUUGUGGGUCUCUUUUUCUGCCGGGGAAGGUGGGAAGAGGAGCGGCAUGGCGGGCACUCCCCGUGCCCUUCUCCUGCUGGGUCUCUUCCUGGGAUGGAGCUCGGUGGGGGCGCCCGGGGACGGCGAUGGAAGGAGCCCACGAAGGAGCCCACGGGACCCGGUCUCGGCGCACAUGCUCCGGCUUUACGACCGGUACAGCAGCAGCAGCAGUAACGGAGCCCGGCCCGCCCCGGCCUCGCCUUCGCUGCCCCUCCGAGAAGGCAACACGGUGCGCAGCUUCCGAGCGCAGGCGACAGGGAUUCCUGGAAACAAAGAAGUGCACGUUUUUAACCUGACCUCCCUCACAAAGUCUGAGAACAUCUUGUCAGCUCUGUUGCAUUAUUAUGUCGGAGAUCUCUGGAACAGUACUGCAAAUUGUCCUCAGUUGAAAAGCUCUUCUCGUCACAGGCCAAGGAGAUCUGACAUGCAGAUUAGCCUCUUGCUGUUGAGUUUGUCUGCUUCGGGAAACCAAACUCAGACUCUGGGACAUUAUUUGGUCAACAUCUCCACUGCAUAUCGGCAUGUCCAUUCAUGGCAAUGGAAGAACAUUACAGAUGUACUGAGUAAAGCCAAAGAAAACAAUGACUUAAUCAUUGGAGUCAAAAUAGCCUCUGUUGGGCAACACCCCUGGAAGAAUGGGGAUCCCAAUUAUGAACCAUACAUCCUCAUUUAUGCCAAUGACUCUGCCAUUUCGGAACCAGAGAAUGUUGUUUCUAGCUUGCAAGGACACCGAAGUCCCCUGCCUGGGAGCCAUUCAAAGAGCAGCCUCGGUGAAGGGCGGCAAAAACGCUCCACCAAUGUUCUUUUGCCUUUGCAGAACAAUGAGCUUCCAGGAGCUGAGUACCAAUACAGUGAGGAUGAAGGAUGGGAGGACAGGAAACACUACAAAACCCUCCAGCCACGCCUCGCAGAACGGGCCAAGAACAAGAAAAAGCAGAGGAAGAAUAACCAACAAAAAAGCCAGACUCUCCAGUUUGAUGAGCAGACGCUUAAAAAGGCAAGGAGGAAGCAGUGGAAUGAGCCAAGAUAUUGUGCGCGGCGCUACCUCAAGGUGGAUUUUGCAGACAUUGGCUGGAGCGACUGGAUUAUUUCCCCUAAAUCUUUUGAUGCCUAUUACUGCUCAGGCGAAUGUCAGUUCCCUAUUCCAAAGGCUCUGAAGCCUUCAAACCAUGCCACCAUCCAGAGCAUAGUGAGAGCUGUAGGCGUUGUCUCUGGAAUCCCCGAACCUUGCUGCGUCCCAGACAAGAUGUCAUCUCUCAGUAUCUUGUUCUUUGACGAGAAUAUGAAUGUGGUACUCAAGGUCUAUCCGAACAUGACAGUGGAAUCCUGUGCCUGCAGAUAACAUUCCUACGUACCACCCAAUCUAAAUCCCCUUCUUGCUGCCUUGACUUUGUGGCUCAACAGUCCCCUCACCCCAUUUUGCACUGCCAAUGCAUUUCAUUCUCCAAAGAUGUAUAAGUAAACACAAAUGAAAAGACAAGCAGGAGCUGAGAAGGAACACACCAAGGAUUUCCAGGACAUGGAAGGACCUGAGAAAACUGUUUAAACUGUGAGAAUACAACAGAAAAAAAUAUCUAAAGCUUUGCACCAGCAAUUAUGUGGUGAGCCAUGUAAAGGAAAAAAUGAAAUCCAGAGAUAAAAUAAUCAAAAAGAUCUGGAGAUUGGCAGGAAGGCCCUUUUGAUAUAUUUCUAUAUGACACUUUGAAAACAAUGCAUCAAAACUUCUGGUUUUCUGGUCAAUUUUUCCAGAAAUGAAUGGUGAAGGAGACUUAAGGUACAUGUUAUGCAUCUGAAGCUAAGCUUUCUGCCUUAGGUUGCAGGCAAACUCCCCAAAGUGCUAAAUAACGUAAUAAGUUCUGACAUACUAAGAGCCUAAGGAAAUCCAAUUUAAGAUGUUUAUUUUCUUGACAUAGUGUGUCAGCAGUGCUCUGUACAUGUAUCGCCUACAUAAACAAGGCCUUUUUCCCCACGUGGAAUAAUGGGAAUUCUUAACGUGCAAACCAAAAUAUACUCCUGGUUGCAUAUCUUCUGAAGAUCAGUACAUGUUACAAUAAUACUGUCAUGCCAGCAAUACUGUUUCAGUUGCUGCAAGAAGCUAGUGAAAAGAGCAUAGGUGACAGAGUAGAAGGAAGAUACAGGUUUGCCAGGGUGGUUACAGUAGCCACCGACCAGAGUAACUACUUCUAUAAUGUCUAGUCUCUUGUCCUGGAAUAGUAUAUAGCACAAACAUAAACAUGCAAUCUUCUGAAUGGCUACUCAGAAAUAACACAUGCUUGCAAAAUGACCUUGAGUAUUCCUUGCCUAAGAAAACCACAUGAAAUUCAUGGGGUUACCAUAAAUCAGCAGGCGACUUAAGGACACACACUCACAGUGGGCUUACUAUAUGUACACAUGUGUGAGGUCAUCAUAUGUAUAGAUCGAGGGCAAGUUCUGGGGCCAAGAUUAUGGUUUUUGUUUAUGCUCUAUGGAGAACUCAAGGGUCAUUCUGUAAAAAUGGGAAAGAAUCAAUGCCACUUCAGGGGCCAGCCAUUCCUGGUUGCCAAUUCUGGCAUUUCCUUACUAAAUAUUCAAGAAAUCCAGAAGAACAAUAAAGGAGUUGGUGCUUCUUAUAGGUUUUCCCAGGACGGAGAAAGCUUUUGCCUUUUGCCACUCUACUCAGAGAAGGAGAUGGUUCCUUUUUUGAUAAGAGUUAAAGCACAGUACUCACAUUGACCCAUGGAUAAGUCCACCCAGUUUUGGGGGGGUUGAUUUUUUGACUAAGAUUACUAGACUUAUACAUGAGUAUAAAAAGGUAAGUCCAUAUAGGAUAGCAGCCUAUGAAUCUGCCUACCAAUAGAAUAACUUUAGUGAAGCAAAGAAUUAAGACAAGAUUUCCUUUUUCCAAAUGAGAGUCUUGCCUGCAAUGAGCUAUCAUGCGUAAGCCAGCCACAUCAGCAGACCUACAGAGUUAUUUAGUCUUGCACUGGAUGGCUAUGUACAAAGGACAAGGGGGGAAUGGGUAUUUCCCAUGGUCAAAGGGAGUUCAUGUUGAAUGCAUUGCAUCCUUAUGCAUUGCAAAGCCUAGUAAACAGGUGUGCUUUGAGUCACACCAGUGGAAAAGUCAAGGCUUGAGAUACACUUUGACUUACAAUUGCCAUGCAUCUUACAGAAGAUGCUAAGUGCCUUCCAUUUUCUGUCCAAAGCACCAGGUGGUUUUCCUGCAUUUGAGCAAAGCUCUAGUGUGGGAAAUGAGGGUUAAAGCUUUAAUUUCCAGCUUACUCGAGAUGCAAAGAAGCUUCAGAGCAUUGGAGCCUCUUUUACUAAGGAGCUGAUGCAUUCAUUAUUAAGCUGUCUCCUUCAUGUAAAAAUUAAUAAUGAAAAUAAGACUUUUGUACAUUUUUUUGCUUAGGAAUUAAUGCUUGUACAGUCAGCGUCAGUAAAGUUUUUAAAAAGCCAAAGGAUAUUUGUAUAUGGAAAGAAGCUUUUAUUAAUGCCUUUAAUUUAUUUUAUUUCUGUUGCCUUCCUGUGUGUUAAUUAAGUUUCCACUUUUUAGUACUCUUAUAAAUACACAGUGAGUUUUACUUUAAUUUUACGAAGUCAUAUAUAUAUAUAUAUAUAUAUAUAUAUAUAUAUAUAUAUGCCUUCAGAACCAAGUGUGCAUGCUGCAGGCACCCAGAAGAUACUUUCCACUACUGAUGUAUAAGCUUGCCUCACUUGUAUUUGUUUCUCUCCUUCAGUAAUAAGAUUUUUUUUCACUGCAAACUACUAUGUACAAGUUUAUGUUAAACAUUUUAAUGUGAAACA